AUGGUCUCCGACGGCAUUUUCACCGAGGAUCCCGCAGAGGAGCAACUCCUCGCCACGACCAUCUACCCUAUCCUCGCCGUCGUUCUCUCGAGCGCCUACAUCUACCUGCUACUCGCCGUACCCCGCGAUGAAGACCCGACACGUCGCUUCGUUCCUUGGGCGAGACAUGGCGUUCUCGCCUUCGCGCUCGCCAAUGUCUUCCUCGCGAUAAGCACCCUGACGCUUUCCCACCUUGCCGCGACGACCCCCGACAUCCACGGCCCUGCCACAGCCUCCCUGGCCGAGAUCCUCAUGCGCCUCCGCGAUGUCGGCGAAAUGGCGAAAAACCUCGGCACAGCCCUCCUGUCCGUCGCCCUGCUGUUCUACGCCGGGGCGCUGCUGGCAGCCGUCAACUACGUUUGGCAGGAACCCUUCACGCACGGCAAGGUUUUUGAUCUUGUGCGAUUCCUGUCCGCUGGGCUGUGUGCAUUCGCCGUGCUCCGGUUCGGAUUCAUCCAGGCGGCGAGGGCCAACGGCAAUUCGUUCGAUGCGGGCACCAAGGCUGAGGGCGCGGACGGCGACGUUGCGCAGACGGCCACGAGGUGGCAGAUUGGGUAUGACCUCAUCAGCUCCAUGCAGGCCAUGGUGCUCUGUAGCACUGGUGUGUUCACGUGGAGGAGGACGAAGGAAUCGGCCGGGCUCGACAGGCUUGCCCUGUACUGUCUCGUGGCGUCGUUUCUCGUCCUGAUCAGGAGCACGUGGAAUAUGUUCUUUGCUUUCGCAUACGAGAUCGAUCCCGUGGCUCCUGGGCCCUUCUCGGCAAAUAUGGAUGUCUUGAUAGACGUCGGCUUUCCCUCUGCAGCAGCGCUCGUUCUUGGAUUUGUGGCCUCUUUGAAAAAGGAUGGACUCCGAUCUAGCGGAGACUGGGGUUAUGAAGGUGUUGCUGGUGAGGAGGCGGAGGAGAUGAACCGGCUCAGUCCCGACAUUAGAUCUCCAGCAUAG